UCUUAAUCUGAAUACAGCCAGCGCAUUAGGAAAGCCAAUAAUCUGCCAUUUUUCUAAUGGAGACUCCAUCAUCAACAAGAAGAGCAACAAGAUCACAAGUCCUUUCUGCUUCCAAUAAGAUGAAUAAAGAAUCUGAAAACAAACAAGUGACCACCAAAUCAAGAUCAGCUCUCAUUGAUUUAACAAAUUCACCCAUUGUUGGGCUAGCAAGUGGGAAUUUGGAGACCCCAUCAUCUGCAAAAGGAAGAGAGUGUUGUACUCCAGGGUCAGGGGAGGCAAUAUUGAGGUGUCAAGUGAAGAACUUGUUACAAAUGGUUGAGGAAGAAGCUGAAAUAUCAUUGGCAAAAAGGCAGCCUCUUUUUCAUGUAAAAGGUCAUUUUGUUAUUGCUCCUGCAAAUACACCACUUGUGGAUCUAUCUGGUAAUGAGUUGCUGCCACCUGUCACUGCAUCUCCUGUACACGACAACUUUGUCAUCUCUCGGAUAAUGAAUGAGAUGUUUGAAGUGAAGAAAGAAGAGAGUAGUAGUAAUAUUACAAGAUCUCUACUACUGGAUUUUACUGAAAAGUCAGAAGAAGAGGAUGAAGGAGUAGUUGAUGAAGUAUGUGAGACAAUGAAGAAGAUCAAUGUUAAUGGAAAAAUAGGUGGAAAGCACACUCGGUUUGUGUAUGAUGAGUUUGAAGGAGUAGAAGAGUGUGCUGAUUUUGCAUUUGAAAGGAUUGCCUACUCCUAGAGGAAAGCACUUGCAUUUCCCCGAGGAUACCGAAUGAAAAGCUUUCUUCUUUUUACACCAACAUCUGAGGUGUUUUAUUAUUUACUUUCUCUAACUUCUGGUCCAUAUUUGAUUUGGACCAUUGAGAAUUUGCUGCUAACUGAAAUAAUUCAAAAAUUAUCUCUUUCCCAA